AACAGCAAAGAUAAGGACCUUAGGACAUGGGAACUAGGGAAGUGAACGACCGAGCGUUUCACAAAAAAACAAAAUUUGAAUGUGCAGGGUUAGGAAAAAAUGGCGUCGGAAGAAGAGGCUGGGAACCUGCGGAGCAAGGGGAGUCAGGGUACAGAGAGGGGCGUGGAAAGGAACGAAGGGUCAAUAAGGGACCGAGAAUCAGCAAAUCCGAAGGGAACCAAGGAAGACGGAAAGGAUCUCUCGACGGUGGAAAGUUCGGGAAAGGCCGGGGGAAGUAAACGAGGAUCUCAGGAGAAUAAGGAAGGAAGGGACAAGGAAAGGUCAAGUCCGCGAAACUCAGAUGAGAUCAUAGUCAAGAAAGCGAAACUCUCGGAUGCCCGGCGUAAGCUGGCAGAAAUAGAGAAGCGAACCGCGGAGUAUAAGGCGAGACUUAUUGAAGAGAUGAUGGCUGAGAACGAGAGGGACCUUCUGGGAGAGGAGCUACGAGAAGAGCGCAGGACUAGACAAGGCGAAAUCAGGCACGGGGGGAAGCAUAGUAGCCAUAGGGGAAUGCCUAGCAAGAAAGGGAAGGAGAAAGGGGACUCCCUGGUUGUAGAAGCGGAAAAAGCUACAAACCCACCAGCCAUAGACAGUGGUGUUAGCCGCUUGCCUGCCGCGCCAAAAAUAAUGAAGGGGUGCGACAGACUUUGGGGUCUCAGAGAAAGGGUACUAGGGUGGUUUGAUCCGGAGGGAACAACAACAACCGGAGAAAAGCGGAAGGAUAGCAAGGAAGGAGAAGGGACUAGUACGGCUGGUGAAAUAGGUAGUUUCGAGGGCGGGCUCAAGAAAAUAAUAUCCACCCUCACUCGGGCAUUGAACAAAAAUCAGGGUUACCUCGCGGAUGCCAAGAAGAAGCUCACCUUUGAUGGGGUGAACAUCACCGAAUUCCUGAUAGACUACGAGGAUCUAGCAGCCCUGUUGAAAUGGAGCGUGGAAGAAAGGAUGAACCACUUAGGGCAGCAUGUGUCACUGAGCUUAGGAAGGGACAUUAUGGCCAUCGUCACCGCCAGCGGAUCCUGGAAAGAGACCCGAAAUGAAAUGAUGUGGAAGUAUCUAAAGGCGGAGAAAAUGGCAACAGAAGCGGAACUGGCAGCCGUACAGAUGAAGAACUAUGCGACUUACAACGACUUUCUGAGACUGUUUACCCUAGUAGCGUUACGAAUUCUCGGGGUAACAGACCGGAUCAUGAGCAAGUAUUUCCUUAGACAGUUCUCUGAGUUCGACAAGGAUAAGAUUUUAUCGGCCUAUCAACAGACCAGUAAGUUUGAGCACGUGAGGGACGUAGACUUCAGUACGGUAAUAGACCUCGCGGAGAAGACGGUGGUAACCGAGACGUUAGCUUUGCUUAAGGAGGGAGAGGUCAUAGACUUGACCGGAAAGACGGAAGACAAGGUGAAGAGGGGAAUAGAAAGCCUGCAUGAACGGGUGCACGGAGUCGAUAAUAAGAUAGAAAGAGUGGAAAAUGCACUAUUGAGAUGCAGCAGGUCCCUUAAAGGCAAAAUUUUCGGGCCCCAGGGGGAGCGAAUAAACUGGAAUUCGCCAAGCGGAAUGCGGCGUGCCGUCAUCAUCCUGAAUAACAUGUAUAUAGCCGCCGUAGAAGCCGAGCCGGUAGCGGACAUUGUUUGGGACCAGCCGCGGGGACGCGGAGCACAAGUCAAUUUCAUCCUAGAAGGUAAUGGACAAGAUAGGGUGAACAUCACCACUCGGCGGGUAGGGGAGGAAAAGAAACUUAUCCGAGAUACGAUAAUGGAGGAGGUUGCGGGAACCAGCGCAAACCAAGGCGAGCCGGAGACCGGGAAGCCGGAGAAAGUCUACGGGAAAACAAGGGAGGAAGAACUGAUAGACAAAGCCACGGCGACAAAGAAGAAGUUCAGGUACCAAAUCCCGAUCUUGACCAUACCAGAAAUCGACGAUACCCUGAGCAAAUUCCUAGGAGACUUGGAAGACCUGGAAAAAGCCUUUGCGGACAUCCGCCUAAGCCUACCUGACCGAGAAGGCGGCGAGGUCAUGAGAGCGCCUCCCGGAACGAAGCUCAGCCUCCAUACACUACCCGUAGGGAAGUUGAAAGUCCAGAUCAGGACUCAUCACACAGACGCAUUAGUGGACGGAGGUGCGGAAGACUUCGCAACAAUUACGGGUUGUACGGUAAACAAGGUAGUGACAGGGAGUAUCCGGGGAGCCGGCGGGGAAAUUCCCUUUGCGGGGUAUGUCACGAAAUAUGCAGUUAAGGCAGGAAUCAAGGAGUCGAUCUGGUCAUUUCAGCGCAUGACAGUGAUGGAAGAAAUGGACCAUGACAUAAUCCUCGGGAGACCAUGGUGCGCCAACAUAGAAAUGAUAGGCAUGCACCUGCACGAUGGCACAUACAUGGUAGAUAUAAAAGACCCAGUCACCGUCCGAGGAGAGCUCCUCCGACUCCUUGGGACCGGAGGGGAUCCUCCGAAGGGGAAGUUGGCAACCUGGUCGCCAACGUUCGAAGAUAGUGCGCGAAAAGGAGCAUUCGCUCGGAUGGAAGAAGGAAGUGUUCAAAAGUACAAGCCGGUAGGGAAGAAAGCCAAGCCGGUCUCGAUCCUAGUAGAAACAUUAAAGGAGGAGACCAUGGAGAAAGAGGAAGAAAUCUUGCGGAUAAUAAGGGAGAGGCGAGCAGCGAAAGGGCAUCGGAUACCGGAUGAGGUAGCAAACACUAUGAAAAUAGGGGUAGAUGGGUUCCUAACGACGAAAAAGACCCAGCUGAUAAGGAAAGUGUGCCAAGAGUUUCACUUAGCAUUUGCCUUCAAUGACCAUCAGAAAGGUCGAUUGGAUGCGAAGCUAAUUUCCCCCGUUAGGAUCCACACGGUGGAACAUGAGUGCUGGAACGACAAAGAGUCUGCCUACGAGUUCGGAAUAGCAGCAGACAUCACCGAACUGCUCAGAGCCAAGAUAGAUUCGUUCGUGGCCGAACCCACCGCAUCCCCCUACGCGAACAAGUGGUUUGUCUUCCGGAAGCCCAACAAGACGCUCAGAUGGAUCCAGGAUUUGCAGAAGCUGAAUGCGGUAACAAUCCGGGACGAGGGAUCGCUUCCACAGGUCGAUCUGCAGGCAGAAUCUUACAUUGGCCGAAGCAUUUACUCCUUGAUAAAUUUAUAUUCAGGCUAUGACCAAGUGUCGCUCGACGCCAGGGACAGACCGUACAACGCCAUGCACACCCCUGUAGAGCAGCUGCAGAUGCAAGUGACCCCUAUGGACUUUACGAACGUUGUGGCGGAGGCACAAAGGAGGAUGCUUGCGGUAGUCGGGGACAUGUUCCCAGAAAAAUGUGAGCCGUAUAUAGACGACAAUCCCAUAAAAGGUGCACAUAACAAAGACGAGACGGAGGUCCAGCCGAGGGUUCAAAAGUUCAUUUGGGAUCACCUACAGGAUAUCAAGGACCAGUGGUUCCUUGUUUAUAAUAUUACCGCAAGCAGACCAAAGAGCAUCUUGGUGGUCCCGGAACUGACCAUACUGGGGUUUCGCUGGGCAUUGAAGAACUAUAAGCCUAUAGACCCGACCGUUGGGAGAUGGAUAGGCUUUAUCUGGCAGUUCGAUUACAAGGUCGAGCGAAUUGUGGGACUCCGAAACAGGGCGGACGGGCUAAGUCGGGUCUGCAUCACACCGGAAGGAAUAGAGGAUGCGGAACCAAUCGACGCCUUCCUGGAAUACGAAGGAGGAACCCUUGUUGCAGAUAAUGAGAUGACGAGCCUCACUUGCACACCAGGACAGUUGUUGAUUCAGACCCUGGAAAAAGGGGCGCCUGUUGUAGUUACGGAACUCAGGGAAGGACCAAUCACCACGACGAGACGUAAGGAUGAAAAGGAUUCGUGGGGGGCAACACUGGGGCCGAAAGAGGAAUUGAUGGCAAUGGUCGUUGAAGGAGGUCGGAACGCCGUGAUGUGCUUAGUGGAGUCUUGGACACAAAAGAAACUGUGGUAUUUAGUAAGUCAGGCUCAGGAAAAGCGAGAGACGAACCAGGAGGGACAAUCAUUUUUCCUCGCACAAAUGUAUGACGACAUCUUUCGAGAGAUCGGCCUGUUACUUAUAGGGAACAAGCAGCCUAUGGAAGUCAGCCCCAAGGCAAGGGAGGAAGCUGAAAAGUAUGUCAUGAGGAAUGGUCACCUAUUCAAAAAGGAAGAAGGAAUGACACCUAGGCGAGUUGUGUGCGGAAGGUCUAAGCAGUUGGACGUAAUUCAGGGGAUGCAUGAUGGACUAGCCGGAGGGCAUCAGUUAUCAAAACCGACCCUUGCAAAAAUCGCGCCACUUUACUUCUGGCCAGGCAUGACAGGUAUGGUGGCUACGUACUGUCAAACGUGUCUGAUAUGUCAAGAAGGGAGUUCUGCGCGUAUCUUUGAACCUCUUAGACCGACUCGGGUACUGGGGCCGGGGCAUUUGGUCCAUCUUGACCUCGCAGUCAUGCCUGUAUCAAUAGACGGAUACAUGUAUAUCUUGGAUGCAAGAGAUAACCUCAAUGGUUACGUAGAGGCAGUGGCUCUUAAGAGAAAGAUGGGGAAGGGAGUGGCUGACUGGAUAAAGGACUUCUACCUAAGGCACCCCUUUGUUCGCAAAUUUAUAGCGGAUAAUGGGACGGAGUUCGUAAACCAGGAAGUGCUAGGCAAACUUAAGAUGUUGUGUGUACCUAUCAAGAUCAUCGAGCGAUAUCAUCAUGAGGCCAACGAACCUGUAGAAAGGGGGCACCGAAACUUGAAAAACACAAUUGCUAAGUUGGCGGCAGAUGACCUGGGGAACUGGCCUCGGUACCUUAAGGAGGCGGUCUUCUCGGAGAACAUGACGCCGAAAAGGACAACGAGAUGCAUUCGGGCAGAACUUUGGUAUGAAAUGGAGAUUGAUUUCCCGGUGGAGGCAUUGGUACCUAUCUGGAACAGGCUAGAUGACAAUCCGCACAUGUCUACAGAGAAACUAAUCGCCGCACAAUGCCAAUAGGUCCUUAGAAAUGAGGAAGCCUUGGAGGAGGUUGUCAAGCGAGUGAUGGACAGU